CUCUAUCUCUCUAACUUUAUUUGUUUCUCCAUAUUGCACUCAUCUUCUUGGUUCAGCUUCUUUUGAAGAUUGUCCUUCCCUCGACAAGGCUUUACUAGCUUCAUAAGGUUUCCAGAUUUUCGCAGAGACCCACUUCGGUUUUAAAGAUUCACCGACGAGAAAGGCCCCGUCAGAAAGGAUACCAUGUUGGAUCUCAAUCUCGAGAUGAUCUCCAGCGACUCGUCCUGCGACGACGACAAGAGCAAGAUUGCUGUGGGAGAGCGAGAGGAGGAAGAAGCAACCAAGGUUCACGAGGCCUCCGGCAAGUACGAUAUGGAGGAAGAUUCCGGGACCUCCAACUCCACCAUUGUCGCCAGUGCCGAGGAAGCUUCCGGCACCGCCGGCGACGAGAGCUCCUCCAACACCACCUCCUCCUCCUCCUCCAUAUUCGAUAUUAUGAAGCAGAAGGAGAAGGAGAGCAAAGACGGCUUCAAGGCCGGAGACCCGCCGCCCUCGCCACCGGGGCUCAUCACACGGCAGUUUUUUCCCGUCGCCGGAGCCGGAGAGCACGGCCACGAGGUAGCGGAGUUAGGGUUGGGGUUGCCUGCAAGGCCGCCAUGGCUGAACUUGUCCUUUGCCGAACCCGCCGGAGGUCAGGCGGAGUUCAGGAUUCUGCAGCAGAAGCAGCAACGGAAGAGCCGCCGUGGGCCCCGGUCCCGGAGCUCGCAGUACCGCGGCGUCACGUUUUACCGGCGAACCGGAAGAUGGGAAUCGCAUAUAUGGGACUGUGGGAAGCAAGUGUAUCUAGGUGGAUUUGACACUGCAUAUGCUGCUGCUAGAGCUUAUGAUCGGGCGGCGAUCAAGUUUAGGGGGGUUGAUGCAGACAUCAAUUUCAAUAUCAGCGAUUAUGAGGAAGACACAAAACAGUUACAGAUGGCGAAUUUAACAAAAGAGGAAUUCGUGCAAAUACUUCGCCGCCAGAGCACUGGAUUCUCGAGAGGAAGCUCGAAACAUAGGGGCAUGACCUUGCCGAAAUGCGGCCGAUGGGAAGCCAGAGUGGGUCAGCUUCUUGGGAAGAAGGCUUAUGACAAGGUGGCGAUCAAAUGUGAUGGAAGGGAAGCAGCUACCAAAUUCGAGCCGAGCAUUUACGAAGGAGAGACUAUGCUAGAUCCCAGAGCUGGAGGCGGCAGCCACAAUCUUGAUCUGAGCCUCGGAAUGUCUCUGCCAUCAAGUAGUUCAAUGGGAGCUGGAACUCGAGGGGAUAUGCUCUUUCGUUGUGUCGACCGUGAGAUACCAAAUAUCUUGAUGGUCGGUUGCUCUUCUUCUGCUCAUAAGGGUGGAGAACUUGCUAAUAUCGGAAUGGCAUCGAAGAGUCCUCCCAUUUGGUCAGCCAUGUAUCCUGCACUCGCACCAAACUAUGAGGGAAAGGCGAUGGAGAAGAGGGUUGAAGCGAUUCCGGCGUUGAGGUUCUCAAGCUACGGGUUGCCAGUGCAUGGCAAUGUCAACCAUGCCAUUAAUGGGUCUCAACAAGCCCCAUUGUUCAGCAAUGCAGCAUCAUCAGGAUUCUCUUCAUCCACAGCCACUCCUCACCCUCCUCCACAGCUCCCACAGCUCCCACUAAAUCUCCAGAAAAAUGGAGUCCACAAUAAUGCAACUAGUCGUGCCUACUUCAGUUACAGAAGCUAGGCGAGGCAUUGUACUCAUCUUCCUGAGGGCCACAUGACCAAUUUGUCGCUAUACUCUCUUGUGAAGGUUAGAUAAGAGAGAGCAAGAGAGGACAUACCAACCAACCCCAUUUUUAGAGUGCAUUCUUAAUUUAUAUAGGAUUCGGCUUGUUUAAUAUCUAUAAACCGAGUGCACAAAAAAAUCUAUGACCCAUCAUGUAGUAUAAUAUGAUAUACGAUCUACAUAUAUAUAUCUGCAUGCUCUUGAGAACUCACUGGGUGCUUUGUAUAUCCUCCAUCUCAGAAAGACUGAUUUUUAUCUCUUGGUUCUCAAUAAGAGGUGGUGUUCUUUGUUUUGAGAGCAAA